AGGCGCUAGCCCGGGUGGCGUGUUCCGGAACCUAUCAUUCGAAUUAGCCGAGUCAGGCAGAGAGGGGGCGGGGAGCGCUUCCGCCCUUGCUAGGAGGGGCUGCAUUGCAGGGGAGACCCGGCGGCCGACUCUGUCACAGACGAGGGAGAAGGCGUGAGCAGACAAAGCCGUCUCGUCCCCCCAACGGGCUUCCUUCGGCAGCCGCCUCCUCUCAGGCCCAGAACCGACCCCCGAGCCCCUGAGGCAGCCCCUCCAUCUUCGGAACACGCUAGUCAUUCAUUGAUAACAGGGAAGUAUGAGGGACCCUGUGAGUAGCCAGUACAGCUCCUUUCUGUUCUGGAGGAUGCCCAUCCCAGAACUGGAUCUGUCGGAGCUAGAAGGCCUGGGCCUGUCGGAUACAUCCACCUACAAGAGCAAGGACGACAGCGUUGGCCAGAUGGGCACUCAGUCGACCGGAGCGGAGCAGAACAACCCUGGAGGUGACCCCCUCCUCGAGUACAGCACCUUCAACUUCUGGAGAGCUCCCAUUGCCAGCAUCCACUCCAUCGACUUGGACUUGCUUUAAGGCCAAAAUGUCUCUCUCCCGCCCCUUAUCCCCAUUGCCGUCCCUUUUAAGCCCCUUCCUUUCUCAGCCUUUCCCGGUUUAAUCUUGUUCUCUUCCCUCUCCUGUGCUGGUGGUGCCGAUGAAUCUGCCAAUUGAAUUGUAUGUUUGUAUGUAUGUAUGUAUUUAUUUAUCUACUUAUUUAUUUAUCUAUUUAUUUAUUUAUCUGCCUACUCCAUGUCUCUCAGAAGCCUUCUAGGCACAAAGUCAAUGGAGUACUAGAUCAUAGGAUUUCUACCCCCAACCCCAAGAAUAUUAACUAGUCCCAGAAAACCAUCCUUAUUGGGGGCACCAGAGAGAAGUACAGUUGUGCAAAAUGGGACACUGAUUUUUUUCUUUGUUACAUUUUAAUCAGCUUUACAGAUUCCUUGAUCCUCCCUAAUUUCCUGCAUGGAGCCAAUAAGCAAGUAUUUCUUCAAGAAGUAGUGAGAACCUGGGAGUUUUGAGAUGCUUUCUACAAACAGGAUUCCUAAAAGGCUAAGGCAGGAAGUUCUGUUUCUUCUUUUGGUGCAUUCUCUUCCCCAGAAAUGUGGGGGUAGUUAUGGGCACAAGAGGAAAUAAUACAUCCUGGAGAAUGGAAGUGAGGAAAUGCAUGGAAUCAUUUCAGAAAUAGUUCCUUCAGCAUUCACAACUGCUCCUAGCUGUGGGUUGGAAACUUUCAGAAAAUCAGAUUUCAGUCUUCAUGUGGGAAACCUUAGUAUUAGGAGAAUCCAUAAAAGGCAAAAGAUUUAUAUGCUCUAAAGUGAAAGCAGAGUAGUGGGAUGAUUUAUAUAAAAUUGUGAUUCAGUCAUGGAACAGGCAGAGUGUCCUUAGUAUUUCAGCUUUGCCUUUCUGUAGUUGCGGUAUGUGAUAGGAUCAGUGGUUCCUGGGCAUAGUUCUUCAGCUACUGUAAGACCGUGAAAUAAACAAUUAUAUUCAGACCCUACACCUGUCCCCAUUCCUUCCGAAGUUAUUGCUGCUGGUUUGUGCUGCCAUUUAUUCAUUUAUUUAAUAAAGACAUUCAAUCCGAA